AUGAGAAAUGGCGGAAUAGUACGACGUUUGAAGUCGCACCUAAGUAGUCGUCGUCGUUUUCCAUCAGGUGUAUUUAUGACCUUUCGGACUAGAUGCUUACAUAUUAAAAAACGACUCCCGACAAAAGAACAACAACUACAAACCCAAGAUGAGACAUUAGUGAAAUAUAAACCAUCUGA